AUGAGGAUUCUACCGCCCAACUGGGAAGGGCUUCACCCCGCUUACCCCAGCAAACCUGCUCCCUUCAAUGAGUCUGCCUUGACCAAGGCGCCCUUUUGGGCUGGUGGCUGCGGUGCCCUUGCCGCCGGUCUCGCACUGCUCACAAAACGUCCGCCUGCUCAAGGUCUCAAGAUUGCCGCCUGGACCACCAUCAUCUUUGGCACUGCUUCCGUUGGCGUCGAACGCUAUGCCGGUCGCCUCAUCGCCAGGCCCUACCUCGAGAGCAAGGGUGUCGAGAUUCCAAAGUCAAAGAUCAUUGAUCGUCCUUUCGAAAUUGAUGCCGACAACUACAUCCUGGCCGGUGGUCUCAUCGGUCUUGGCUUUGCUGCCUCUGUACGCAAGCCAUGGAACUCCGUCGGCUGGCAGCGUUGGCUGGGUGCUUUCAGCUGUGGCUCUUUUGCUGGCGCAUCCUUCAACCAGAUCUACCACUACGAUACUUCCGCUUCCCUUGCCGAAACCAUCGCGAGGCAACAGACUCUGCGCAACAUGUGGAUGGAAGAUGUAAAGCGUUUCAUCGAGAACAAGGCUAUCAAAGACUCUGGUCGCAAUCCCGAGGACCUCAAACAACCUGGAAUGACCACAAUGGCCGAUAUGCUCAAGAAUGUUGGAGAUGCUCAGAACUCCAUGGUCAAGGAGAUGCACGCGGCUGCUGCACUGGCUGCUCAGAACGCUCAAGAGGAGGAUGUUGACGAACAAGACCCGCAACCACACUUCAGUGAGAUGCGCGAAGGAGAGCGCGUUUUCUUUCCAGAGCCAAAUUACAAGUGGCAGCCAGGCUCAGACGCUGUCCAACAGAUCGAGUCGCAUAUCCAAAAGCUGAAGGAGCGAAGGUCUCGUCUUGCCGGAGAGGCAUCCAUGCUGUUCUACGAACUCGCUUCCAAGCAAAACGACCUAUAUCUCACUGACAAGGAAGACUUUGAGAGAGAGCAGCGUCGUGUCGAUGCCGAACUAAUGGGUCAUCUACACACUCAGACCUACAUCGAGAUUUCGCGCCUCGAUUGGUGCAUUGCCGACUCUCAAAAAACAAGGCUUCAGCUCAAGGCUUUGGAGAAUGGCCAACAAUGGCUGCCUCAAAAGCCUGAGAGCCAAUUGAAGCUCCAUCACGCUCGUCGCCUACUGGAUGACUUUGAUCACGAGAACGAAGUUGCGCGCGCUGAGAUGGACAUGCUCGCCCAGCAAGCCGUUGACGCUCUACGGGAUCCAGGACUUGGCGCCAUCGACAUGACUACCGGUAAAGUGGUCGAGGACCCUCACUCCCAAAUCAAGAAAGACCUCGAGGAGCUCAAGAGAGUUCAAAAGGAAUCUACCAUGAUCCGCGAGGCUAUUGCAAAGCUCAGAACAGAGAUGGGCAUCGAGAAGAAGGACGACUAG